UCUUUUUUUUUUUUUCCCCCCUUUGGAAGGCAUCCAACCCAUCCUGGCGCUCAACCCUGCAACGUGCCAAGUUGAGAGGGAUGUGUAAUUCACACGAACGUGCACAUAUCAGCGUGUGCCCGGCUGCAGGAGGGCAGCCUGCCGGCGUGUCCCAGGGACAGCUGUGGCUCCGGCAGGGUCAGGAUGUGACAUCACUGGCGGGAGAAAAACCCUCAGCCCCCGCUUUCUGCAACCAAAACCUCAGUCAGCGUGCGGCUGCUCUCUGUGCUGCAGGGCGUCCUGCCGGAUUCUGGGCUUUUAUUUUGAAUGUUUUUUCUUUCCUUUUUUUUUUUUUUUUUUCCCCUCAGUAAGUGCAGAAAGUGCAGCGGGAUUGUGUGCUGGCAGCCAGGCGUGCUGAGGAUGAGUUCCGGCACUUGGGAUUGCGGCUCUGAUGAUGGAGUGACCACCCUCAGGACUUACCUUGGCUACAAGCAAGUCCCUGUUGGCAGCAGCAAAACUCCAGCACUAAGAACAAGAUACCUCCAACCUUGAAGAUCCUCAGUGCUAACCCUGGUGCCCUCACACUGGCUGGCCCAACCCAUGAUGGCAUUGUGUCUGAAGCAAGUUUUCAACAAAGACAAAACCUUCCGUCCCCGGAAGAAGUUUGAGCCUGGCACACAGCGCUUCGAGCUGUACAAGAAGGCUCAGGCCUCCCUCAAAUCAGGGCUGGACCUAAAAGCUGUGGUACAGCUGCCUCCUGGCGAGAGCAUCAAUGACUGGAUAGCUGUGCACGUGGUGGACUUCUUCAACCGCAUCAACCUCAUCUACGGCACCAUGUCGGAGUACUGCACGGAGAAGAGCUGCCCUAUCAUGUCGGGUGGGCUCAAGUAUGAGUACAGGUGGCAGGACGAUAGCAAGUACAAGAAGCCAACCAAGCUCUCAGCCCCACAGUACAUGUGUAUGCUGAUGGACUGGAUUGAGAUGCUCAUUAACAACGAGGACAUCUUCCCCACCAGAAUAGGUGUUCCCUUCCCUAAGCAGUUCCAGCAAGUUUGCACUAAGAUCCUCACCCGCCUCUUCCGUGUCUUUGUCCAUGUCUACAUCCACCACUUUGACAGCAUCAUCAACAUGGGUGCUGAGGCUCAUGUCAACACCUGCUACAAGCACUUUUACUACUUCAUCAGGGAGUUCAGCCUUGUUGACCACCGAGAGCUGGAGCCUUUGAAAGAAAUGACAGAACGAAUUUGCCACUGAAACGAUUUCAGCAGGCAUACUCAGCAAGAUCAUUCAGCACAGACAUUCAGACAAAACCCUGCAGUGGGAGAUGUCUUCCCAAGGACUUGCUCUGGGCAUUUCAACUGAACUAAGAAAACUGCAGAAGAGCCUUUUUUCUUCUUUGUCUUCAGAUGCAUCAAUUUCCAAAUGUUUUGUUAGCGAGACCUGCCCUGUAAGCAGGUGUGACCUUGACUACUGAGUCAUGCCUGUUGCCUUUCUCACAUGCAUUGAACUAUGAUAACUUCUGAGAUCAGCUCUGUAAAGCUGGUGACAUUUGAUCCCAACUGACUCCGUAAGGUUAGUUGCCAAUGUCCCUUUUUUAACCACGAGCUAUGAAUGUCUGUCCUUCUGCCCUCAUUCAUGCUUUACCAAAGAGACUUUUCUUUCGCCCCCCCCAGGAAUUUUUCAUGCUUGGCAGAAAGGACUUCAGGAUGUUUUAAGAUGCAUCCAAUACCACUUGGACUAGUGACAAAGUGGCCCCAUGACAAAUGGAGGUGAACUGGGCCACUUUUCAGAGUGAUCAGCAGUCUACCUGAGUAUUUUCCAUACUCAGAAAUUGUGAUACACAGUGAGGGAAAGAAACAUGCCAGAAAACAAAUGACGUUUCCUGAUGUGUUGUCCUGGCUCUAAAAAGCAGAUGCUGGCUGUAGAAAUUAUUGCCUUUCAAUUACUCGACUGUAGCAUAGACAUUGUUCUUUUGACAAGAGUUUGACUUUUUUUUAAUUAUUACUAUUUUGGGGGAGUUAAAUUGUCUGAGCCACCGUGUUGUUAUGUUUGUGUUUCUUUGUCUUUUUCUGGGAAAGUUUUAUAUGGAAGAUACAGCUAAUAUGUAUAAAAAAGGGCUUGCCCAUUCCAGGGGAAGGGGGGGACGUGGGUAGAAAAUGUAAAUAUUUAAGACAGCACUCAAGUUCACAAGUGGAUUUUUAGUGCUCAAAGCACUUAUUUUAUUGUGAAAAUCUAUUUUUUUUAAUCUUAUGUACCAGAUAUAUAUUUUUACAUGGAAAUAAAAUGGGACAAAAUGGACACAAACCAUCUGAUACAUCAUGCCAAUAUUUUCUGUGUAAUACAAUCAUUAAAAGUCCAAACAUUUUUGUUCUGUCACUAAUUAAAGAAGCAGGAAUGAGCCUGGUGUCCUUUGUUCUUCCCUCAUUCGUAGUAAGAUGUCAUGAAAAUGCACCCGGGAUAACCAGAGUGGAUUUCCUUGACAGCUGUAACACUGAUGGAGCUUAGUGUCAUGUUGAAAGCUCAGCAACAGGCAACUUUGCAAAAUUGUUGAAGAAAACUCUGCAAGUGCCUGCUGAAAACUUGAUUCAGUGGAAAUCUCUGGGAUUUAAGCCUGUGUUAGGGCAGAGGGCUGGUAAGUCCUGUGUGGAUGGUGACAAAAUUGUCACCACUGAGUGGAUGAUGUCAGCUGGCCUGAGAUAUUCUUCCUCUCUUGGUGAAAGUUUUUGAGAUGUAAAAGAAAAUGUGGGAAGAGAAAAAUGAGCUAAGAAAAAGCUGUUUUCAAGGGUUAAAAUUCUGAUAAUGAAACCACUGAGGGGUAGAAAAGGAUAAGACAUGUUAAUGACAUGAGAUCUAUUCCUGGAUUGCUUUCUUUGAGGUGGGAAAUGCUGAUUCUAGCAGAGAGUUUCACAAUGAGAUGCAAGAUUGUCUCUUGAAUGCAUGCAGCUUUUUCCUUCUGGAGGCUGGCAGCUUUGCUAGCGCAGCCUGGCCAACCGGAUUUCCUCAUGAAGGUCAGGAAAGGACAAAUGACUCACAAGUGUCAAGAAAACCAUGAAGACAGAGUGUGGCAUUCAGCUGCCUGCUGCAAAGAGACCCUGAGUCAGAGCUGAAAUGCCAGCAGUGUGGGGAACUGAGUGCACGGCUGUGUGGAAGUAAAACAGCAACAGCAAGCAAGGUUGCUUACACAAGAGAUCUCUUACUGUAGAGAGCAUGGACUGGAGGACAGAGGAUUCAUGAUUCUUUAACAUGUAAGACUAUUCAGCCUGUGUUAGAAGAGAAGCUUUGCUGCAAUAUGGGUAACACUCCAGAUGCUAUUUUAUUACAAACUUUAAUGAAGAUGUACCACUUGGGAGUAGCCGUACUGUAACAGACCCAUCUUUUUUUCAUUUAAUAUUUUACAUCCACUGGGCCAGUUUCCAAUUGCUUUGGGCUAUGCCCUAAUGACAGCGUGAGGAGUAAGAGUUCUGCCAUCCAUUCAUGUGGCUGGUUUGGUAAGCAUAUGUAAGUGCUGGCAGUAUUGGGGCAACACACAGUAGGUAUCCUGAGCUGGAGACGAGGACCAGCGCUGCCCUCAUGAUCUUCCUCCCUUGGGUCUUACCAUCUUGCAGCUUUCCAGUAAUGCCAAGAUUCUCUCCAUUUAUAUGCACUGGAGGGAGUAAGAGUUGGGAAGUAACAGGCUAAACCAGCAGGUUGGAUGUCCUGGUUUAGGUGGCUACAUAUAAGUGGUAAUAAUGUUAUCAAAGCCCUCUUUUACUGACACUAUGGCUCAAUGUUCUGCAGAUUUAGUGACUCUUCAUUUCUUAGGACUUACUUUCUUUCAGUCCUUGAUUUUCUCCCUUCUGGAGGGGACUCCCUUCAGGUGUCAAAACACGCUGUACAGAGUAUGGCCUGCUUAGAUGUAGGCUGCGUAUUGAUGGAGUGCUUUGAGCAACAAGGGAGCACAAUUUUGGCUGGAUGAGGGCCCUGUGAGUUGAUCUGAUUUAUUCUGGAAUGUAAGGCAAAUAGAAGGAAAAGUACAGUAUGAAUGUCUGGGCAUCAUGUGUCCUCCUGAGGCAUAAAAAGCAGUAACAAUCAUUAAUGAAUGGUUUGUACAGUGGAUACAAGCAUUUUCUGUUUGUUUCCAGAAAGUUUGGUUUGCUCGUGUCCAGUAGACCAUAUAUUUUCAAGGUCCCACAUUACUUUGGCUUCCUAUUAAAUACAGUCAGUUCAGGAACUCUAUCCUCAAAGGUAGUGGACUGGCACUGUGUCAAGGUGUGAGUAGUCCUCAUGGGUCUAGCUACAGGAAAAGCAAGUUUCACCUUGGCUUUUGCACACAUCCAUACUAGCACUUUUAAUGUCCACUUUGAGAACUUCACCUUGUCCCCUUCUGUGUACAGCUUUGGCAUGGGGGAUCCUGAAAAUAUGGCUGGAAAUAUGGUCUCUAUUUGUAGGCGUAUCCCAUGCCACCCAUUAUGUUGCAUGUAAAUCAUCAGGUUUCCUGAAAGAAAGCACCUUCUUUCCUGUGUGAAGAAGGGCUGUUCACAACAAAAAAUGACACUGAGGUCUGAAGGUUUAAUCACCCAAAUGAGAAGUAUAAUUUUCAGAAAAACGGAGCCUGUAUAGCUUCCUUGAAUAGCAGAGGGAACAGUACAUGCUCUGUGUUCUGAAAACCAGACUAGAGUAGAUUGCAGGUGCUUAAAUACAGAUUUAGGUGCUUGGCUGUGGGCAGAAAACUGAGAGAUAAUUCUUGUCAA